AUGACACAAUACGAUUCCCUCAGUUCGACAUACAACGUGUUUGACACGCUUCCAUAUAGGCAAAUGGAAUGGGAGAACGUUUUUCGAGCCGUCAGUCCGUUACUGCGGCCCGAAAUGAAAGUGCUCGAAUUGGCGUGUGGUACUGGCUUCUACACGUCGAGGUUUCUCGAUUGGGGGGUCACGGACAUGACAGCAGUCGAUAUUUCUCGUCCCAUGCUUGCCGAGGCCGCCAUUCGAGCACAUAAAUAUGUCGAGGCCGGAAACCUGCGACUCAUUGCGGCAGACUGCACCAAGAUUCAAUCGUUUGCGCCUGAUCACAGCUCGUGUUACUUUGAUCUGGCCUUUGGCGCUUGGUUUCUAAACUAUGCCGAUGAUAAAGGCCAGCUGAGAGCCAUGUUUCGAAACAUUGCGCAAAAUCUUCGCCCUGGCGCUCCUUUUAUAGGCGUAGUGCCUCAUCCGACGGAUGAUGUUGCUUCUCGAGCUGAAGUUUAUAACAAGCCACCGUUUAACAGAAUGUUCCCAAGAAAUGAGUACACAGAAAAUCUGGAAUCAGGCGACGGUUACGGCCUCCGAGUAUUCCUGAAUAAUAAUGGCGUCGAUUUCAUGACAUGGCACAUGAAGAGAGAGGUAUACGAAAAUGCGGCGAGACUUGCUGGCUUUAAAGGACGGUUGGAAUGGAAACGCGAAUUUUUGCUCAACCAUGAUUGGAAACAACGGUUUGACCUGACUAGUGAUGAGUGGCGAAUUAGAGGGGCAAAUCCUCACUUUGGAAUACUUGUUGCUUGGAAAUGA